CGCAAAAGUCAACGUAGGUUCUCUGCUUUAUCGGCUUAGGUCUUUUCGUGUUAGCUUCUGUGAAAAUAUACAUGUUUGAAUCAUGAAGCUAAACAUUUCGUACCCCGCCACGGGAUGUCAAAAACUGGUCGAAGUUGUGGACGAACACAAACUUCGUAUCUUUUACGAAAAACGUAUGGGCCAGGAAGUCGAAGCCGACUCACUUGGUGAUGAAUGGAAAGGAUACGUCCUCAGAAUUGCUGGAGGAAACGACAAACAAGGUUUCCCCAUGAAGCAGGGUGUUCUCACUCAUGGCCGUGUCCGUUUGUUGCUUUCCAAGGGACAUUCUUGCUACAGACCCCGCCGUACCGGUGAACGUAAAAGGAAAUCGGUCCGCGGUUGCAUCGUAGACAGCAACCUCAGCGUUCUCGCACUGGUCGUCAUCCGCAAGGGUGAACAGGAAAUUGAAGGUUUGACUGACAAAAACGUUCCACGUAGAUUGGGUCCCAAGAGGGCUUCCCGCAUCCGUAAGUUGUUCAACUUGAGCAAAGAAGACGACGUACGUCAAUACGUUGUCAAGCGUCCCCUUCCCCUCAAGGAAGGCAAGACCAAACAAAGGUACAAGGCACCCAAGAUCCAACGUUUGAUCACUCCAUUGGUCUUGCAGCGCAAACGUCAUAGGCUCGCACUCAAGAAGAAGCGUUGCCUGAAACGCAAAGAACAACAAGACAACUACGCCAAACUUUUGGCCCAAAGGAAGAAGGAAUCCAAGGCACGUAGGGAACAAUUGAAGAGACGUCGUUCCGCCAGUAUGCGCGACAGCAAAUCCAGCAGAAACUCUGACAAAUAAGUGAUUUACAUGUUUGUUUUAUUUGGACGACAAAUAAACCCUUAAUUCUAA